CUUGUCAGGUCUUGUCACUUGUCACCUCCGCCAGACCUCCGCUUUCGGUGCUUUCUUUUCGUUGUCGUCGCCAUAUUGUACUGGGUUCUAAUAAGUUUCCGAGCAAAUAUUUUGCAGUUUAUUGGUGUUAAGAGUGUUUAGUAAGAUUAAAAUGGCAGAUGAAAGCAAAUCUGAUAAAAUAGAAUCUGUAACGGAAAGCAAUGGCGGAAGUGGAGGAGGCCAAGAGAAUAGAAAUUUCGGUGGAAACCGGCGUGGAAGUCGUGGAGGAUAUACUCGUGGCGGAUACAACUCGAAUAGAGGUGGAGGUCCAGGAGGGCAUAGAGGUGGUGACAGAUCGGAGGGAAAUCAGGGUGGUGGAGGUAUGAGAAGAGGUGGUGGAAGGGGAGGGUUUCGUGGUGGUCCAGGAGGUCGAGGAGGUGAUGGGGACCAAGGAGGCGAUGGUGAUGGAAACAGGAGACCCAUGGAUAGGAUUCUAGAAAAGAUUAACACAUUGCAAGGACCUACUUAUGAAUUGCCCCCUGUUGACACGACGGAAAAGAAAUUUAAUGGUAGAAAUCGACUGUAUGUUGGAAAUAUAGGAUCAGAAGUGACGGAGGAGGACCUAACUGAACUGUUUAAAACUUACGGAGAAACAGCUGAAAUAUUUGUCAAUAAAGACAAAAACUUUGGCUUCAUCAAACUGGACUACCACAGCAACGCAGAGAAAGCUAAACGAGAGCUAGAUGGCAGCCUGUUAAAAGGCAGAAAUUUGAAAAUUAGGUUUGCUCCUAAUACUGCAACGAUAAAACUGAAGAAUUUGACUCCACAAGUAACUAAUGAGCUGCUGCAUUAUGCCUUCAGUCCUUUUGGUGAAAUUGAAAAGGUUCAAGUUUUAGUUGAUGAACGUGGGAAACCAACUGGAGAAGGAUUGGUUCACUUUGCUAAAAAGUUUUCUGCAGCAACUGCCAUUAAAAAAUGUCAUGACGGUUGCUAUUUUCUUACAUCUACUCUACAGCCUGUAAUAGUUGAAGCAUACGAACUUGUGGAAGACAUUGACGGCUAUUCAGAUAAAAAUAUCAACAAGAAACACCAUGAAUUUAUGAGCGAAAGAGAAAGACCUCCGAGACUAGCACAUCCAAAUAGUUUUGAAUACGAAUAUGGUCAAAAAUGGAAAGUUCUUUAUGAGCAUCACCAACAAAAGAAGGAUGCAUUAAAGAAGGAGCUUCAGCUUGAAAAAGAAAAACUAAUUGCUCAAAUGGCAUAUGCCAAGUACGAGCAUGAAACUGAGAUGUUAAGAAACCAGCUGAGGGCAAGAGAGUUGGAUAAGGAAAGACAGAAAAGGGAAUGGGAAAUGAAGGAAAGGUUGGCGGAGGAGGAAAGGUUGAGGCAAGAAGAGCUAAUGAGAAGAUCCCAGGCCGAUAUGGAAGCCCGUAUGGUAUCCAAUCAGGAUGAUAUAAGGAGAAGGCAACAAGAAAAUAAUCUCUUUAUGCAAGCCCAUAACCUAGAUAAUCUUUUGGACCAACAAGAACAAGCUUAUGAUCAACCGCCAUCUUAUUCAUCUGAAAAUUCUGGGCACAUCAGUGGUGGAGGAGUCGAUAUGGAUCCAAAACAAUUCAUGAGCUCAUAUGAGCGUCACAACCGGUACGAAGGACGGGAAGCCUCAGGAAGAGGCUCGAAUACGCACGGCCAAAGAGGUCACUGGGUCAACGAUAACAGGCGUGACGAUUAUCAGAACAAACGGCGCAGAUUUUAGACGUUUUCUCGGGAAACUCACUAGUUUUCCCACAUUGGAAGUAAUUCUCCUUCACGUUGCUGGUUUAGCUGUGUAGCUCUUAAUUCAUUUGUGUUAUAUUAAGUCAUAAUAAGCAAAUUUUAGUGUUUCGAUUAUAACUUUAUUUAUAUAUAUUUUAACUUUUUUUUAACUGUAAUUAACUGUAUUACUGUAUUUAACAGUAAAUUGACAAUGAAGGGAAACGUAAACAUGUAUGUUUUUUCGUGUGAAACUCUUUUUCUUGGAGCCUACUAGGGUUUCCAAUUUUCGGGAUCGGGAUCCCUUUCUGAAAUCCCGGGAUUAGAACCUAUUAUAAUCCCCACAUCCCGGUCAAAGUCCCGGUUUUCACUAUCAAAAUGAGAAAUUUAAUCUAAAGAAUACUAAGCAGCUACAUACAGGGUGUUUCAAAAAACAUGUGCUAUCUCUCGUGGGAGAAUUUACCAGGGACGGGCGUAAGGGUUAUCACUGGAAUAUUUUUCUAAUAACAAACAUGUGCGCCACUGACUUU